AUGGCUCUGGCAACAUCAUAUAUUCUCUAUUUCUUGCUUUGUUUUCCGAUGAUUCUACUCCUCACCACUGCCCAAGCUCAAACAAACAUAUCUUUAGGCUCAUCCCUCAUUGCCAUCAACAAUAAUAUGUCCUGGAAAUCGCCUUUAGGUGAUUUUGCUUUCGGUUUCCAGCAAAUUGGAAAAGAUGGCUUCUUACUAGCCAUCUGGUUCAGCAACAUCCCUCAGCAAACUAUUAUCUGGUCAGCCAACAGAGACAAUCUGGCGCCAAUGGGAUCCAAAGUUGAGUUGACUGAAUUCGGGCUCUUCCUCAAGGGUCCAGCAGGUGAUGUGAUGUGGAGCCGGGGUAACACUGGCACUUCAGUUGCUUAUGCAGCCAUGCUCGACACUGGAAAUUUUGUGUUGGUAGAUACAAACUUGGUCAAUUUGUGGGAGAGUUUUAGUGAACCAACAGAUACGCUUUUGCCAACUCAAACUUUGCCUCAAGGAAGGAAGCUUGUUGCUCGCUACUCGGAAAUGAACUAUUCAACUGGAAGAUUUUUUCUCACAAUGCAAACAGAUGGAAAUUUGGUGCUUUACACAAGAAAAGUACCCUUGGAUGCUGCUAAUACCGGCUACUGGAACAGCAAGACGUUACACGAUGGCCAUCUAUUGAGAUUUAACCAGUCUGGCUUUAUUUAUGUUGAAGCAGAAAAUGGCACUGCAGUUGAGAUAUUAUCAUCUAACGCUAGCUCAACAACAGACUUCUACCACAGGGCUACUCUAGAAUUCGAUGGCAUUUUCGUGCACUAUUUUCACCCGAAGAGCAGCAGUACGAGUUCCGGGGGUUGGAGUAUGAUAUGGUACUCUUCAACCCCCAUACCUCCAAAUAUCUGUACAAGCCUUACAGAAGUAGGCACUGGAAGUGGAGCUUGCGGGUUCAACAGCUACUGCAGAUUAGGUCCUGAACAGAGGCCGAAUUGCCUUUGUCCAAGUGGUUACUCGUUUAUCGAUUCAAAUAAUGAAAUGAAAGGCUGCAGACAACUGGCGGAGGCUCAAAAUUGCAGUGGAGAUUCUCAUGAUGCUGAUAAUUUUUAUUUUGAUGCCAUGGAAAACGUAGAUUUUCCUUAUUCUGACUAUGAGGAUUUUUAUCCAAUGGAUGAGGAUCAAUGCAGGAAAGCUUGUUUGGGUGAUUGUUUCUGCGUUGCGGUUAUUUUUCGACGUUCUAGUUGUUGGAAGCUGCAAAAUCCUCUCAGAAAUGGGAGGGCAGACAGUGAAGGUGAUGGUGGGAAGGCACUGAUCAAAGUAAGAAAAGAUUAUUCGACCACCAAGAGCGAAAAGAAACAUAUUUCAGCUGUGGUGCUCGUUGGAAUAUCUGUCAUAAGUAGCUCAGUGCUUCUCUUAUUACUAGCAACUUUUCUGGUUCUUUUUCAUUUCAAGAGAAGUGCAAGAGUUGCUCAAGCACAACACACCCAAUCCAUGCCGGGUAUGAAUCUUCAAACUUUCAGAUAUGAGGAGCUAGAAAAAGCUACUGAUGGGUUCAGAGAACAACUAGGUAGGGGAGCUUUUGGUACUGUUUUCCAAGGAGUUCUCUCAUUUGACAAAGGAAAUCUAGUCGCAGUUAAGAAGUUAGAAAUUAUGAUGAAGGAAGGUGAGCAGGAGUUCGAAGCGGAAGUUAGUGCAAUUGGUCAUACACAUCAUAAGAAUUUGGUACGACUGAUCGGGUUCUGCAACGAAGCCCAACACCGGCUUCUUGUGUACGAGUACAUGACUAAAGGCUCCCUAGCUAGCUUCAUUUUCAGACCUUCAAGACCAAACUGGCACCAGAGGACGCAAAUUGCCCUGGGAAUAGCAAGGGGGCUUUUCUACUUGCAUGAAGAGUGCAGCACCCAAAUCAUACAUUGCGAUAUCAAGCCUCAGAACAUCCUUUUGGACGAGAAUUUUACGGCAAGGAUUUCUGAUUUUGGUUUAGCAAAGAUUUUGAAGAUGGACCAAACACGAACUGCAACUGGAAUCCGGGGAACCAAAGGGUAUGUGGCCCCUGAAUGGUUCAAAAACGUGCCUAUCACUGUCAAGGUGGAUGUCUAUAGUUAUGGCAUUCUCUUGUUAGAGCUUAUUUGUUGCAGAAAGAGUUUCGAAGCAGACGCAAAGGACGAGAGCAAAAUGGUGCUGGCUGAUUGGGCAUAUGACUGCUAUAAAGAUGGGAAACUAUACAUUCUGAUGGAAAAUGAUGGUGAGGCAAUGAGUGACAUGAAGAUGGUGGAGAAGUAUGUGAUGGUUUCGAUAUGGUGUAUCCAAGAGGAUCCAUCAAUAAGACCUACAAUGAAGAAAGUUAUACAAAUGCUUGAAGGAUCUAUUGAAGUCCCAAUUCCCCCUAAUCCAUCAUCAAUCCUCAGUUUUUAG